AUGGCGGAAACGAUGCUGUCGACACCACAGAAGGUCCUUCGUGAUACGCUAAGAGAGAGGAUCGACUCUUCUAGCAGCAAAGACGCCAGCUCCCAUCCAGACAUCGACGACAACAACAAUAACAACAACAUCAACAACAACCACGUCGACGAAUCAUCAACAGACGAAGACGACGAUCGCGGAAUGGAGAUGCGAAGGGAGGCACUGAGGCAACGGGGGAGGGAGAGCUAUGCGAAGCGGAAAGAAUCGUCGACUGUUGGCACAAACACAGCGCCAGUUAUCACCCGUGGCAGCCGGAGGACUGGGGCAAGCGAAAGUUUCAUGGAUCGUAUCAAUGCCAUUAGCAACGAGGACGAGGACGAUGAUAACGAUAACGAUGACGAUGACGGUGAAGAUAUAUUUUUCAACGAAUCUAGAUCAAAGUUACGGCCCGAUAAUGAAAAAAAGCCCCCUCAGCCGAGAAAGAAGCGGAAACCCGAUACUGGCAACGGGGACUCAGCGUAUAUCCCUCCCCACGAUGAUGAAGCUUCAGAAACGGAGGAGGACGAGCCCUACCUUGAGCCGGAACCGGGUUCUGGGAAGAGGAAGGCUUCAUCAAGUCAGCGUCCCCCAAUGGAUUCGUCCCCCCCAUUGCCAAUGCGGAAGACGUCUCCACCGAGGACAAAGGCAACACGCGUAAAUUCAACAUCAACGACAGGCACGGUUGUCAGCAGAUUCAAGGAAGGGAGCAUGAGGAAUCGCGCUAGUGUCGUCCCGCCAGUAGAGAUUAUCGGGAAGCUUCCAUCCUCAUCACCACCACCACGGACUGAUGAUAUGCCAAACGGCAUAGGAGGAGAAUCGAAUGUUUUUAGUUUUGGUGGUAGUGGAACAGAGAAACCUGGGGCCGAGGCUAUGGCGGCGGCGGCAGCGGGCAAUCAUAAUAAUGAUGGGUCAUUUACGUUUGGUGGAAUGGCUUCGUUGAUCCCCUUCAACCCCUUCAAGUUUGUCAAAGGUAUCAAGGAGUCCUGGGAUCGACAGAAACGUUUCCAUGAGGAAAGAGAGCAGCAGAAGAAGGAGCUAAGGGAACGGAAAAUCAAGGGAUUGCUGGCCUACGAAGAAUUCAAAAGAAUGGGUGCAUUACAAGGAUACGCUGGGAAUGCUGCAGCAGUCAUGGGAGCUCAAGGCAGGGCUAAAAACAGUGCUUCAUCACUGGGGCCUAUCAGGGUAGAACACGACCAAAUUGGAAGGGCCUUCAGCACUGAUCAGCAGAGUAGUCCAUUGGCCAGAAACAAUUCAAAGGUUAGAAGGAAGAAAAGAUCAACCAGGACACCGUCGAUUGGGGUCGACGCCAGCAUGACAGGAAUGGCACAGAGCUUUUGCGAGGGUCGUGAGUCCUACGUUGAUGAACAUGGUACCCUGCACAGAUACAGCGUAGAUUCCAAGUACAUGAGCCCUCAAGGAAGCUUCAACAGAAGAAUGAGCACGUCUAAGCCUAUCACACCGAAAACUGGUGCAAUGGGACCACCUCCCCCAAUUCCAUCGUCAUCCAGAGCUAACGGUGGUGACUUUGAGGAUGCGAGAAUUCUCCCUAAAAAGAAGAGCAGUGUUUUCUCCGUAUUCGGGGGCCGCAGUGAGGAUAGUAAAGAACUGCAGAAGCUGAAGCGCCAGGAACAUCUCCAGAAGAAGGUUAGCAACCUUGAAGACCAACUCGAAAGAGCUCGCCGAGAACUCGAAAUUACAAUUGAGGCAGCCAACCAACAAUCUGCGUCACACCGAAAACGGAUACCGCCCGUCAAUGGCACGGCCGUCUCCAGGGUCAGCGUCAUGUCAGCGCGCGAAUCAGCAAUGUCCCCCUCGAUGAUGUCCGACGAGACUGACGAAGGGGACAAAACCGAAGUAGAUGAUGAUCACGCCGCGCCUCUCUCGCCCCUCGCCAAUGCAGGUAGCAUCGGUGGUAGUUUUAUGGCAAAAACAGCAGGAAUGACUAUUGUGGAAAAUACGGAUGAGCAAGCACAGCAGCAGGGGGCAGAACCGGUCUUGCCCGACAUCCCAAUCCCUAAAAAGGCCCCGAAAUCAAGCCUGAGCGGAAGGAGAAGGGUUAUAUCUAGCUCAGCGGCGGGUUCUAGUAGCGCCUCUGCCACUGCUGCGGCUUUGAAGCAUCAGGGGUCGAUGCCUGCGAUAUCGAGAGUGAGGAAGGGAUCAUCAAAAGUGGAGGCCAUACCUCCAGUGCCCAAGUUUACGAAUGGCGGAUAA